UACAUUGAGUCACCCUCGUCGUCAUCGUCACGACCGUCUCCCUGCGAUGGCGCUCGUAGCAGCAAGCAAGGCACGGCCGCCUAUAGGUCUACGCGCAAGCUGCUGCGCUCGUGACGAUGCGCUGCUUGUCAGACGAAAAGCAGCCAGCCACGUUGGCACUGCAACAAACGGCGGGUCGUCGAGUAGCUUUGCGCACCGGCUGCAACCGUGAUACCAUAGCCCAUCAGUGCAAUCUGCAGCAGUCGCCUCCAUGCGCGCGGCCGUCGCCAUCGUUGGCGGUGGCCAUUCGUUCGUAAGUUCAAUGAGCGGUGCCAUCUGAGUCGUCGUGGCACUUGCCACAGAGCGGCCGCGCGCACGACUCAAAGUUGAGCGACCCGCUUCUUCUAGAUGGGUGGGCCGUGUUCCACUGCUUCUGCGUAUGCUUGGUCGAGCAAGGCAGCGUGGACGCGCCCAUGGCGUUGUCCGGAGCUGUGCGAAUGGACACCACCCUUUUUGUCACCACAUUACGUGGCGGUUUCUGCGGUGGCCACGAUCUUGUUGGAGACGAAAGGCCGUACCAGUAUGGACGAGCACGAGGUGCCCGAGAACCAAGCCGACGAUGGCGAGCGCGACGCUGGCAACGAAUACGACGAGGACGGCCGCGAGACGGUCGGGUCCUUGGCCACGACGCAGACCAAGAUCAAACUCAACAAGAUGAUGAACGCGUUCGCGUCGUUUGACGACAACAUGCGCAUUGGCACGCGCCAACGGCGGGAGCGGGACGAGCACCGGCUCGCCGAGAUGCGCGCCGAGAUGACGCGGCUUGAGAAGGCGCUCAACGCCGAAAUCAAGCGCCGCUUUGAAAUGAACAAGUCGCUCCAAGCGCUCUGCGACGAGAGCGUUGCGAAUAUGACGUCGCGCUUCGAGAGCCUCCUCGCCGACUCGAUGGACAAGGUCGACGCGCGCCUCGCCGGCCUCGCCGAGAAGAUCCAGGCGCUCGAGGCGCAGUUCGAAUAUGAAAAAGUCCACAUUCCGCAGAUGAUUGAAGAGCGCACGAACGAGCUCACGGAGAAGCUGAGCGCGUUCAUGGACGCGUUCGAGACCGAGCGCAAGCGGCGACUCGACCGCGAAGCCGAGAUCCUCAAGCGACUUUUUGACCACGAGCAGCUCGUGGCCGACCAGUUCAGCAAGGAACGCCGGGACCGCGAAGUCAAAGCCACGGAGCUCAAGGACGCCCUCGACAUGUACACGAAAACGCGGCUGCGUGGCGACGACAAGUUUCAGCGCGUCGCGCAGGAAGAAAUCGCCAAAAUCCAAAACGCCCUUGUGCACGAAGCCCAGACGCGCGAGCGCGAAGACGACGAGAUCAUCGACGCGCUCAAUCGGUACACGGCCAAGCUCCAAGACAGCCUCAAGCUCAUCAACAGCACCGAAGCCUAACCCUUCUCAAUGGCAUUCAAUGUACAAGCCGCGUCUGUAUCUAC